UAGCGAUUCAACGGCAUCAUUUCCCGGCUAAAUUAGGGUCCAUUCUCUCUCUUGAUCUCUUCCAUUCUUCACCAAAUAAUUUGUUCUUCCCCUUUUCUUAAGGGUUUCCUAUUUCCCACAUUCGAUUUUCCACUUUUGCAUUUUUCCUCUAGGGUUUCGCUGAAAAACCUCCAAAAAUGUCCCGGUUUUGUAUCAAACAAUGGUGAAUUUGUCAGUGGGAGAAAAAUUAACAUAGAAGAUCAACAAGAAACGUGAUUCAGGUCUUCUAAGAAUAGAAGAAGAUCUGAGGCUCAGUUUUUAACAAAUAUGAGCGCUUCCAGGUUCAUAAAGUGCGUCACUGUUGGCGAUGGGGCUGUUGGAAAGACAUGUCUCUUGAUUUCAUACACCAGCAAUUCCUUUCCUACGGAUUAUGUGCCAACUGUAUUUGAUAAUUUCAGUGCCAAUGUGGUUGUCAAUGGCAGCACUGUUAAUCUAGGCUUGUGGGACACUGCUGGACAGGAAGAUUAUAACAGAUUAAGACCAUUGAGUUAUCGUGGUGCUGAUGUCUUCAUUCUUGCAUUUUCUCUCAUUAGCAAAGCUAGCUAUGAAAACAUCUCCAAGAAGUGGAUUCCAGAAUUGAAACAUUAUGCCCCUGGAGUCCCAAUUGUCCUUGUUGGGACCAAAAUUGAUCUUCGGGAUGAUAAACAGUUCUUUGCUGACCAUCCUAAUGCAGUUCCCAUUACAACUGCUCAGGGAGAAGAACUAAAGAAGACGAUUGGAGCUCCUGCAUAUAUUGAAUGCAGUGCAAAAACACAAGAGAACGUGAAAGCAGUUUUUGAUUCUGCCAUUAAAGUUGUUCUGGCACCUCCAAGCUCAAAGAAAAAGAAGGGAAAGGCUCAAAAGGGCUGCUCUAUAUUGUGAUUUAACAAUGGAAUCAAUGGAGAGAGAUAAGCCUUGUGUUCAUUUACCUUUCUACCCUUCCUCUCAUCAAAUCUAAAUCUAACCAUGAAAGCAUGAUUUUACUCAUCAUGUGUCUCCUCCACCCUUGUUAGGCUGAUUUGAUCUUUAAUUGAGAUAGUUUUGCACUUAGAUUUGAAAAGGGAAAAAAAAAAAAAGAUUAAAGAAAAAAUAAAACUCGUGUUGGAUUUUUUUUAUAUAUUCAUUUUGUUCGUUUGUAUUUGUUGGAGACAAUGUUACCCCACAUUAAGUUCUGUAGUCGGCUAAACUUUUGGUUUGAGUUUUUUUUGAGAACAUUGUUAUUGUUCAUAAUGUCAUUUGGCAACUUUGAUGCUAGGCUUCUUCGGUGUUCUUUAGCUUUUUUCACAAUUUUUAUGUGUUUUUGGUGCACAUUGUUGUGAAAGGAGUGGAAUGUAAUGCAUAUUUGAUCAUCUUUUAA